GCCAUCUCCGAUACGAUGCCAGCCGGCGAUCUCAGGUGCGCAGAGUGGUCCUCGGACGCCGAGUGGGAGGCCUGGGUGUGGACCCAGAUCAAAGCCGAGGCGCGGGGCGAUGCCGAGUCGGAGCCGGCUUUGGCCAGCUACCUCUACUCCACCAUACUCUCCCACUCGUCGCUGGAGCGGUCGCUGUCGUUUCACCUGGGGAACAAGCUCUGCUCCUCCACCCUCCUCUCCACGCUCCUCUACGACCUUUUCCUCAACACCUUCUCCUCCGACCCCUCCCUACUCGCCGCUGCCGUCGCGGAUCUUUGCGCGGCCCACGAGCGCGACCCCGCUUGCGUCUCGUUUUCCCACUGCCUGCUCAAUUAUAAAGGCUUCCUGGCCUGUCAGGCGCAUCGAGUGGCGCACAAGCUGUGGAUUCAGAACCGUAGGCCGCUGGCGCUUGCGCUGCACUCGAGGAUCGCGGACGUGUUCGCGGUGGACAUACACCCAGCGGCGAGGAUCGGAAAGGGGGUGCUGUUCGACCACGCGACAGGGGUGGUGGUGGGGGAGACGGCGGUGAUCGGGAACAACGUGUCAAUACUCCACCACGUGACGCUGGGUGGCACCGGGAAAGCCGGCGGAGACCGGCACCCGAAGAUCGGCGAUGGGGUUUUGAUCGGUGCGAGCGCGACGAUUUUGGGGAAUGUGAAGAUUGGGGAGGGCGCAAAGAUUGGGGCGGGGUCGGUUGUGCUGAUUGAUGUUCCUCCGAGGACCACGGCGGUGGGAAAUCCGGCGAGGUUGGUUGGCGGGAAGGAACGGCCGUCGAAGCACGAGGACGUACCUGGCCAGUCCAUGGAUCACACCUCGUUUAUGUCGGAGUGGUCCGACUAUAUUAUAUAGAAAUUUAAAAGUUAGUUUCUUGUUCGUUAUGUUAGUUAUAGGAUAAUAAAGAAUCCCACGAAUCUGCGGUGAUUGUCAUAACGCCAUAAAAACAAAAUUACGAGAUGUUUUGUUUGCUCGAUUAAUUCUACGUUUUAUUCAGGAUGUUAUUGAAACUCAAAUGAAGGAAGAGAUUUUCACUGCA